CCCGGCGGCCAACGGCGGCAGCGCAGACCACGCAGGGCACGCCGGGAGCGCCGAGCAGUCGCUACUCGCCGAGCGGCUCCACCUGACGAGACCCACGCAUGCGUGAAGCAAAGCCGACGCGAUCUUUUUCCUCCCCCUGUCCCGCUCCCUGCUAUUGAUUCCCAAGCCCUCGUCCGGGAUCCGCCGCGGGGUCACUGUCGCGUUGGACGCUGCGUAGAGCCGUAGGUACGCACCUGCUCCAGCAGAGGUUCAAAAGUAGCGUCAUCUCAGAGAAGCUGCAGCCUGUUGUGGGUCUCUUGGAGCAAUAAGUUAAACCAAUAAUGAGCAGAUGAUACCAGGAAAACAGUGUUUGGCUGUCGUCAUCACAGUGGCAAUUGUCAUGCCACUGUUUGGCAGCAUCAGCAAGCCAGGGACUUCUGUGCUCCCAAGUCCCUAGGAAGCAUGCCUGGUAUCUCAGCUGCUAGAGUGACUGUGCUGUCUACGUAAAUAUCUGUAGAUCUUGCAGCCAUGUCUGUUAUUGCAACAGAGAGUGAUCCUCCUAGAUUUUUCGUUGGUGCAGAAGAUGGAGAAGAGCUAUUGGAUUCAGCCAGAUCUACAGAUUAUGAACAUUUCUAUGACCAUGGGGAAGAAGAGGAGGAAGAAUAUGACUCUCCACCAGAAAGACAAAUUGCAGUUGGGAUUUGUUCAAUGGCCAAGAAAUCAAAGUCCAAACCCAUGAAAGAAAUUCUUGAACGUCUCUCCAUGUUUAAGUACAUUACUGUUGUAAUAUUUGAAGAGGAUGUUAUUUUGAAUGAGCCAGUAGAAAACUGGCCAUUAUGUGACUGUCUCAUUUCUUUCCAUUCUAAAGGAUUUCCACUGGACAAAGCAGUUGCGUAUGCAAAACUCAGGAAUCCAUUCAUAAUCAAUGACUUGAAUAUGCAGUAUCAUAUACAAGACAGGAGAGAAGUGUAUGGCAUUCUUAAAGCUGAAGGCAUUUUACUUCCUCGUUACGCGGUUCUGAAUCGUGAUCCAAACAAUCCACAAGAAUGCAACUUGAUUGAAGGAGAAGAUCAUGUGGAAGUGAAUGGGGAAAUUUUCCAAAAGCCUUUUGUAGAAAAACCAGUUAGUGCUGAGGACCACAAUGUUUACAUUUAUUACCCAACAUCUGCUGGGGGUGGAAGCCAGAGGCUUUUUCGAAAGAUUGGCAGCAGAAGCAGUGUUUAUUCCCCUGAAAGCAGUGUGAGAAAAACAGGCUCCUAUAUUUAUGAGGAAUUUAUGCCUACGGAUGGCACAGAUGUGAAGGUGUACACAGUAGGUCCUGACUAUGCUCAUGCUGAAGCACGGAAGUCUCCUGCUCUCGACGGCAAGGUAGAACGGGAUAGCGAAGGAAAAGAAGUGAGGUAUCCAGUCAUCCUGAAUGCAAGGGAGAAAUUAAUUGCUUGGAAAGUAUGCCUUGCCUUUAAGCAAACAGUUUGUGGCUUUGAUUUGCUGCGUGCUAAUGGACAGUCAUAUGUCUGUGAUGUGAACGGCUUCAGUUUUGUGAAAAACUCCAUGAAAUACUAUGAUGAUUGUGCUAAGAUAUUGGGAAAUAUCAUAAUGAGAGAACUUGCUCCCCAGUUUCAGAUACCAUGGUCAAUUCCUCUGGAAGCGGAAGACAUCCCUAUUGUGCCAACCACCUCUGGAACAAUGAUGGAGCUUAGGUGUGUUAUAGCUGUAAUACGUCAUGGAGACCGAACACCAAAACAAAAAAUGAAAAUGGAAGUAAAACAUCAGAAAUUUUUUGAUCUCUUUGAAAAAUGUGAUGGAUAUAAAUCUGGAAAAUUAAAACUGAAAAAACCAAAACAGCUGCAGGAAGUGCUUGAUAUAGCAAGGCAACUCCUUGUAGAACUUGGGCAAAACAACGAUUCUGAAAUUGAGGAAAGUAAAGCAAAGCUGGAACAGCUAAAGACUGUGUUAGAAAUGUAUGGGCAUUUUUCAGGCAUAAAUCGCAAAGUUCAGUUAACAUAUCUUCCUCAUGGUUGCCCAAAGACUUCCAGUGAAGAGGAAGAUAACAGGAGAAAUGAGCCAUCCCUCCUGCUGGUUCUAAAAUGGGGAGGAGAACUGACCCCUGCAGGCAGGGUUCAAGCAGAGGAGCUUGGAAGGGCAUUCAGGUGUAUGUAUCCAGGUGGACAAGGAGAUUAUGCUGGAUUUCCUGGAUGUGGUUUACUUAGAUUGCAUAGCACUUACCGACAUGAUCUCAAAAUCUACGCUUCUGAUGAGGGACGAGUUCAGAUGACUGCAGCAGCAUUUGCAAAGGGACUACUGGCCUUAGAGGGCGAGCUGACUCCUAUUCUUGUCCAGAUGGUAAAAAGUGCUAAUAUGAAUGGUCUAUUGGACAGUGACAGUGAUUCUUUAAGCAGCUGUCAGCAUCGUGUUAAAGCAAGGCUCCAUGAAAUUCUCCAGAGAGACAGAGAAUUUACUGCUGAUGACUACGACAAGCUUACUCCAUCUGGAAGCAUCUCAUUGAUAAAAUCAAUGCAGGUUAUUAAAAAUCCUGUUAAGACAUGUGACAAAGUCUACUCAUUGAUCCAGAGCUUGACUUCUCAGAUUAGGCAAAAAAUGGAAGAACCAAAGUCUGCAGAUAUUCAGCUGUACCACAGUGAAACACUAGAACUGAUGCUGCGCAGGUGGGCCAAGCUGGAAAAAGACUUUAAAACAAAGAAUGGAAGAUACGAUAUUAGCAAAAUUCCUGAUAUUUACGACUGUAUAAAAUAUGAUGUUCAGCACAAUGGCUCCUUAAAAUUAGAAAACACAAUGGAAUUAUACAGGCUUUCAAAAGCUUUAGCUGACAUUGUGAUUCCUCAGGAAUAUGGUAUUUCUAAGGCUGAGAAACUAGAGAUUGCCAAAGGUUACUGCACUCCUCUAGUUAGAAAAAUCCGUUCUGACCUUCAGAGAACUCAAGAUGAUGACACUGUAAAUAAGCUUCACCCUCUCUACUCCAGGGGUGUUAUGUCCCCUGAACGCCAUGUUCGUACACGACUGUAUUUCACCAGCGAAAGUCAUGUUCAUUCCCUGUUAUCCACCCUUCGUUACGGUGCCUUAUGUGAUGAAACAAAAGACGAACAGUGGAAACGAGCUAUGGAUUACUUAAAUGUUGUCAAUGAACUCAAUUACAUGACACAGAUUGUUAUCAUGCUUUACGAGGAUCCAAACAAGGAACUUUCUUCAGAAGAACGUUUUCAUGUAGAGCUGCACUUUAGUCCAGGAGCCAAAGGCUGUGAGGAAGAUAAAAAUUUACCAUCUGGAUAUGGAUACAGACCUGCCUCCCGAGAGAAUGAAGGCUCGAAGAAAACCUCACAUAGAAAUGAUAGUGAUGAGGAGGCACAUACUUCUAAAAGGGAUGAAACAGAUCGGUCAGUAGUGAUGUUCAAGCCAAUGGUAUCAGACCCAAUUCAUAUACACAGAAAGUCACCCCUUCCGAGAUCCAGGAAGAUUGGUUCUGUUGAAGAAGAGAGCCCCCUGAGUGUGUCUAGCCCAGAGUGUAUUGGUACCUGGCUGCAUUACACCAGUGGUGUGGGUACUGGGCGUCGAAGACGCAGAUCAGGGGAACAAAUCACUUCUUCCCCUGUCUCCCCUAAAUCAUUGGCUUUCACAUCCAGUAUUUUUGGCUCAUGGCAACAGGUCCUAUCAGAAAGCAAUAGUAACUUACGAACACCAAGAACUCUUCUGGAACAAAAGCAGGGUGGUCUAGGGUCUCACUGUGCGGGCCUGUUUAGCACCUCAGUGCUCGGGGGUUCUUCAAGUGCACCUAACCUACAGGAUUAUGCUCGUACUCAUCGUAAAAAGCUGACUUCUUCUGGCUUCGUAGAUGACACCACACGUGGUUCUGCUGUUAAAAGGUUUUCUAUCUCAUUUGCUCGACACCCAACCAAUGGUUUUGAACUAUAUUCCAUGGUGCCUUCUAUUUGCCCUUUGGAAACUCUUCACAACUCCCUGUCUCUGAAGCAGGUGGAUGAAUUUCUUGCCUCUGUUGCUGCUCCAUCAAAGGAGAACCUACAGGAGUCAUGUACUGAUUUUACUUCUCCAACUUAUAUGAGUCCAUUGUCAGGAAGAAAAAUUCCAUUGAAUACGUAUACCCCUGCAAAAAUUCAACCAACACCACUUGAAACUUUGCCUGAAAAGCCAGCAAUAGAGAAACCAACCUCCUUUCAGCUGCUCAUUGGCGUAUGGGCCAGAAGCUGCAACAAUUUUCACCUAAGCUAAAACAUUACCACGAUGGAUUUCUCUUUGAGUUAUGCAAUUUGUGGAUACAAUCUGUUCGUAAGAUCCCAGGCUUUGUGUAGUAGCUGCAUCUAAAGGUCCUUUAUCUUAAAGACAGUUUUAGAGUCAAAGCCAUUUUGUGUAUGUGCUUUACAAGUACAUUUUGUGAUAUAUAUUUUAUAUUGCAAAUAUGUUGGGGUUUUUUUUUGCUUAAUGUAAGUCCUUUUACGUAUGGUAACAGGUCUUCAAAAUUGAAAAUUACAAUACAGAAGUAGUUUAUGUAAACAAAUGGAAAAUAGUACACAAAAGAUUUUCUGAAAGAUGCUGUCUGAAAAGGUGUAAGUGCAUCAUCUGGGAUCUUCAAGGCCUUUGUGAGGAAGUUCAUCUUCCUGUGGUGUUACGUGAGGCAAGAAUGUUUUGUUGGAAAUGUGAGAUGCAGAAGUCAACAGUAAUUCCUUUGGUUCUUUCUGUAUCUUGUUGCCAACGUCAAGGCAGUGUGUUCUUUCUCAUGAAGUAACACUUUCCCCACAUUUUUCUUGCUUUUGAUGUUUUAGCGUGGAUAUUCUUAAGUAUAAAAUCUAGUAAUUUCUUCAUCUCUACAGCUUCCAGUGAAUCUUCUGUCUGUGUACCUGAUGUUAAGCUUCCUGUUGAAGAAGCCUCGCUAGAUGUAGAACAUAGUGGUGACACUAUUCCUGAGAACACAUAAAUUUGAUCAGAAAAAACUGGAAACAACUUCUUAAACAAUUUCUUAGUGUUCAUUCAACCAAAUUGUGGAUCAUGCAAAAGCCAUUAAUGUCUGCUAUUCAUUGUGCAUUUAAGAAUCUUCUGUUUAAACAAGGUUAACUGAUGUGCAUUGUUCAUAUGUAUGUCAAAUGUCUUCUCAUUUUCUAAAAAUUUCAGGAAAUGCAUUUAUCAGUUUGAACUGCACACGUCUAAAGAAAAAGCUGCACAUAAACCUUUUCAGUGUCUUCAGAUACUGACUGUAAACUUGUACAAAACUGGUAUGUGUUACAGAGGCUCUGUUGAUGUCACUGUAAUGAAGCACUGUCUGCUGUCAUUAUGAACAUCUAUUUUCAGGAGUUUAUGAUUUGCCUGCACAUUUCUUUUGUGGGCUGAAACGUAACACACAUCCCGGCUAAAAGCUUUUUUUUUUAUUAUUUUAAAGUUAAUUACAUUUCCAAAGAGAUCUCUUUUGCCUGUUUUUAAAAAAUUAGCUGGUGGUUUUGCAUUUGAACAACUUUAUAUCAUAUAUGCUGCAAUAAUUAGGCAUGAUAGAGUGAGUCAGUGUGCUUUUAUUUUUGUGUCACUCUGUGUUUGCAUCAGACCUAUAACAUUCAAAGUACCUUCUCUUUUGUUGUUUAGUAUACAUGCUUGUAUACGGGUACCUGUAUAUCAUCCAGCAGAUAAAACUGUCUUUUAUAUGUUUUUAUCAAAAAAUUCUUUUGUUUACUAAAAAGACAGCUUUAUUUGCUUUGCCAUGUGUUUCUACAAAAAGAUGAUGUUAAAAAGCAGGGUUUAUAAAAAGAGAAAAGGUUACAGCUGGUCUGCUAGUAAGUUUAUCCUAAAAAUUGUAAAUAUUCUGUCUAUACUUUAUUCCCAUCCCUUCAGAGUAGAGAGUGUAAUCUGCCAGGACUCAGUUGCUGAUGUUGCAAAAUACUGAGGCUUGAGCAUGGCAUGGGGAUUUCCAUAACCCUGUCCUUCCAAUCUAGGGGAUAGACAGCAGCUCUUAUUAAAGGACAUUAAUGAUUUUGUAAGAUUUGUGAGAAGCAUUACCAUGUCAGUGGAACCUUGAGUUACUGGAUUAUAUAGAGUAAUCAUCCAGUCUCAGCAGUCCUGUCAUUUUCUGUGGUAUGAUAAACCAUUGAAUGAUUAUAAUUAUUCCAAAUGUAUGAAAAAAUUGUCCACUUUUUUCAGUUCAAGUGGCAGAUUGUUAAUUACAGACUUAAUAAGCUACAAGUUAAAGACUCAUGUUUAAUUUGCAAAGCUUCUGAGUAAUAGGUGGGCUAUUUCUCAUCUCCAGAGCCAGUGCAACCAUAAUUUUACUCACCUUGCCACAGGGUCUGUGUCUUUACCACGUGUGAAAUAGCUUCAGCACACUAAUUAUAAAAACUGCUGGUUAAAUACCAAAAAUAUGAAGGGUUUCACAGCUAUGUACUUAAAACAUUUCAUUUUUGUAGUGUAACUGUUACUGACAGUGUUUGUCUUGCACACAACUGAAUGUACACAUUGUUUACCAUUUGAAAAAAUACUGUUGAAGUAUGCAUACCAUUCCAGUCAACCAAAGCUGUCGCAUAACUUUUUUUAUGUGCUCCUAAAUAAAAAUAAGGCCAUUGGCAAA